AUGGCUCACAGUGAGCAGAAACGGAUAGUCCAAUUCACCGGAUUUAAAAAAGAAGAGAAAAAGGCACUACUCAAAAGGCUGUUAAAACUGGACUGUGUUUUUUUAGAUAAUAAGAAAUAUGGAAAUUGUACACAUCUUAUAGCAAAAAAGCUGUGCAAGAGUGAAAAGUUCUUAGCUGCCUGUGCUGCAGGAAAGUGGAUACUAACUAAGGAGUACAUAAUUAAUAGUGCCGAAAGUGGCAGAUGGCUUGAUGAAACAACGUACGAAUGGGGAUAUGAAAUUGAAAACGACAGCCAUUAUUCACCUCAAAUGCAAUCUGCACCUAAAAGAUGGCGCGAAGAACUGACAUGCUCUGGUGCUGCAGGGGCCUUACACAGAUGGAAGGUUGUCCUCGCUGUUAAGGAAGGUGAUAAACGAAUGGCGUCUAUUAGAAGAGUUCUUGAAGCUGGAAAAGCAACCAUAUGUCCAUCUCAAAAUGCAGAGCACAAUAUAACUCAUAUAUUCAUCAAUAAUAACACUUUUCUUAUGCAAGACAAAAAAAGUCUCUCUGAAGCUCGAUAUUACCCUUUCCAGUAUCUAGGAGAGUACCUUUUUGAGCAUGAAAUACAAAAUACGGAAGAUAUCCAAAUGAACAAUUUCAUGGUUGCGCAAGAAACAGACCAAAUCAUGUCUGACAUGCAGCUUGAAAUGAAAAAUGCUGUUAUAAAACAUAUGUAUUUUGCUGCAGCUGUUAAGCACAGGUUUGCUCAAAAAGACCAGUUGAAUAACUGCAGUCCAAAGGUUAAAAGUACUGACUUGUCCAGAGACACAUGGUAUAUACUUGAAGGCUUAAUGGAAGAGUAUUUAUUUGAUGAUGUGAUCACAGAACUUGCUGCUGAACAAAAGUACUCUAAACCUCCUGUGCAACUUCUUCAUUCUCUUCUAGAAUAUGCUCUAUUGGAACAUACUGAUGCAAUUUUUUAUGCUAAACUUCAUGAUAUUUUGUCCCUUGUUCUCCAACAAGAUCCUCCUUGGAAGUCUCCAUCUAUGUUAAAGUAUUAUUUUGAUAUUCUUCAGUGUCCUAUCUGUAAGAAGGGCACAUGGCCUUUCAUAGAGAUGCUUGUAAGCUCUUGCCUUCAUUGCAAAACCAUUUGUCACGCAAUCCCAGUUUCAGAGAAAGGAGGUGAACAGAGGAUAGUUCACAAAACAUUAUUGAAGUUUUUCUUUGAUUUAGUAAAAGCUGAAGUAGAGUUUCUGACAAAAAG